UCUCAACAACAAUUGGAAUUUUUCUUUGACCUCGAUUUCACUGUUCCAAGGAUUGCAGCUAUGCUACAUGUUUCUGUAUCAACAGUGCGCCGCAGGUUGAGAUAUUAUUCCUUGUCAUACAGAUUGCGUCGUACCAGGAUAAACAAUAUGCAACUUGAUGCAGUUGUCCGCACCAUCUGUUCCUUCAAUCGACAUCUUGGCUACAGAUUAGUUCACGCCAGGCUUGUAAGCGAGAAUAUCUAUGUUUCUCGGCAGCGAGUUAGAGAUAGUAUGCUUCGAGUAAACCCGACAUCGGUGGCAUUAAGGUGGUGUCAUUCAAUUAGGAGGCGUUCAUACAGGGUUGCGGGACCAAAUUCCCUUUGGCAUAUAGAUGGAAACCAUAAGUUGAUUAGAUGGGGCUUUGUCAUCCAUGGUGGUAUUGAUGGGUACAGCCGUUUGAUGGUUUUUCUGUCCAUUGCGUGCAACAAUCGUGCAGCAACCGUGCUAAGAUCUUUUCGGACUGCCACCUCAACAUAUGGAAUACCAUCAAGAGUAAGGGCGGAUCGUGGAACAGAAAACAAUGAAGUCGAGACCUAUAUGAACGUCAAUCGUGGGAUGAACAGAGGGAGCAUGAUUCGUGGCCGCUCUGUUCAUAAUCAAAGGAUUGAAAGAUUUUGGCGUGACCUUUUCCACGGUUCGACUAAUGUCUAUUAUGAUCUUUUUUAUUUUAUGGAGGACUCUGGUAUCCUUGAUAUAAAUAACAAUAUCCAUCGUUGGUCCCUUCAAUAUGUUUUUACACCUCGCAUGCAGAGAAACAUCACCAUUUUCCAAAAUCAGUGGAAUAAUCACCGACUUUCCUCAGAACGUGGUCAUACCCCUUGCCAACUUUAUAUUGAGGGUAUUCUACGUCUGUUAGGUUCAGGACAUUCUCAUAUCGAUAAUAUGUUUUAUGACCCUGGUAGUAAUGACCAUUUGGAGCCAAAUGAUCUUCCAGAUUAUGGUAUUGAUUGAGAAGGACCGACCGCAAAUGAGACUGAUACAGUUCAUGUAGCUGACUCUGAUUGUCCACUUUCUGCAGAACAUUUUGGUUAUUUGCAAGACUCCAUUUCGCCUCUUGGAGAACCCUCAGAUCGCUAUGGUAUCAGCAUAUAUUUGAGUGUAUUGUAUUUUAUUAGCUCCCGUGACUCUUGAGUGAAGUUAUUUCAUCACUUCCUUGCACCCAGCAGCUAUUAUUUUUUGCGAAUUUUAUUGAGUCACUGUUUGUUUCUUGAAAAUAUUUGUGUUUUUUCAACAUACAGGGUGUCCCAGAAAAAAGGUAAU